UUGUCGGUGCUGCUCUGUGCUGAGCCAGAAGGGAGGUUAGUCGCUGCUCAGCAUCACAGGAUGACAGCGCAAGCAGUGAUUGGACAAGGUAGCCUCAGGCUGGUAGCCAAUCGCUGCUCUCGCCUCCGUUCCUCGAAGCUACGGCUGUGUGAUUGGUCCAGGUGUUGCAGGGCGAGGAAAGAAUAAAUGGUUAAAAGAGAGACUGUAAAAAAGAAGAUUGUCUAGUUUAAGUUAGGAAUGCAGUCUUUGAGUCAUUUCUCCAAGCUUUUCGUGAAACAGUGAAACUUGCUUCUAUUGAUUUACCCUGUGCAUGUAUGUUGAAUAUGUUUCGUUGUAUGUAAAUAUAAUUGCUCUUCUAUUAAUGUUAAGCAAAUACAGAUGUUUGACUACAAUUAUGUAUAAGGGGGCUUUAUAUUUUCUAGCUAUAAGUAAGCUGUAAGGUUAGGAUCUGAAUGGGCUCUUAUUAGAAAUACAUUUGUUGUUAGCCAGUCAUUACCAGUGGAACGUCCUACAUAAUGUUUUAAUUUUAACACUAUGCACAUAUAUCAGUUGUCCACACCCACGACAGCAUCCACAAUGCAUAAAUUGGCCUUGUAAUUACAAGUAAAAGAAAACUGACAGUUGUAUACUUUGGAUACACAAAACAUGAAUGAUGUUUUCUAUAUGAACCAAGCAUCAAUUAUACAUCUGUAUGAGAGCACAGCACAGUGUUUGUUAAUGUAUAAAAGCCCUGUUUUCCCAUUUGUUGCUUUUAUCUUUUAUUCAAGAGGUCCUGUACAGAUUCAGACAACACAGACUUGAUGCAUCAAAGUGAGGGUGUGAAGCGAUCCUACUGAACUUACAGGCCCACUGGAUCGUACCAUCUUCUCUGGGAAUGCUGUUGGAUGCACACUCACGCUCACACAUUCCACAUUUGGAAUAAUACCACAUCUUAAUUUCUAACCAUCAUUGUCUCUGUCAGGAAGGGAGGGGUGAUGCAAGCCCAGAGGUUGUGGUGGAGAAGUGUGGGUUUGUUAUCACCGUGACAACCUCUGCCCAGCGUUCCAGUGGAGAAUGGGCCUUGUGUGUGUCUUCUUUGCGUGCUAGUGAGUGUGUGUGUGUGCCUGUGUGUGUUUGGUGCACUGUGUACCAGGAGAUACAGCGUGAGCAUGCAUGAAUCAAACAAUGCGCCUGUUUUAGGCCGGCUGGGCAGUGGGUGAGCAUAAGGCUGGGCUGAAACGUCCGAGGAACGCCAUAGCGGAGGACUGGCAUUAUAGGCCGAAUACAGUGAGGGGUCUGUGACAGACUAAGGAGAGACAAGAGAAGGGUGGUGGCAUGCACCAGGACCUAAGAGCAGGGAGGGGAGGCUUGAGAUAGGGGUGGUGAGAGUGUAUGACAGAGACCUUUUCUGCAUCAGACAGAGCAGCAUUUGUGUCAUGCUUGGCUGAGGAAUGCUGCUGUCCUGGGUGACAGGGGGCAUUAUGUGGACCUUAUGUCAUUGCUGGGUGUCUUGAAGCUGCACAUAGAGCUGGUGCAUCAGACAGCAUACUACCAACAUGCAUGAUGGUCAUAUCAGGAAGGAUGCAUGUCCAGCAAAUCUCUGCUCCCAGAAGAGAAUUUGGCUUCAGAACUUCGGCAUAGACACACUGGCAGAUGCGUUUACUGACUUGUGUUUCGCUCUCCUUCUGGAUACUGAAGAUUUAACUGCUGUCUGUACGAGAACCACUUUAGUAUUUGCUCGACAGCUGGAUGGCCCUAGAGGAGGACCGUUUGCAUGUUUGUGUGUGUCCCAGUUGGAGAAUAAGCUCGUUGCAGAUGGGGAGAGGCGGCGUGGUGAGCUUGUUCAGCUGUGCAAGGGCUCUGAGGGUUAAAUCCUGCCGAGGCUCUCACACACAAACUGUGACCAUGGGCUCUGUCUCACAUACACACAAUGAGCCUGAGCCGCCUGGGGUUGGAGCUGGGGCCAUGGGCUCUUGGUUCUCACACUCUGAACCAGUACCUUAUCUCUGCCGGGGUCUCAGACUCGGUCCCUGUCCGGUGCUGAGAGGGGCUGGCCGCUCCACUGCUCCGCCACAAUCUUUCCACUCACCAUCAGCAUCUCCAUUCCUGCAAAAUGAGGAUUCAUGGAGUCCAGUUACUGAAAUCAUCAGACCUUGGCCGCCAUAGUCUUCUGUAUCUAAAGGAGAUUGGACAUGGUUGGUUUGGAAAGGUUUUGCUGGGAGAAGUCAAUGCAGGACUCAGCACCACCAAGGUGGUGGUGAAGGAGCUGAAAGCCAGUGCCAGCGUCCAGGAUCAGAUGCAAUUUCUGGAGGAGGUCCAGCCAUACAGAACCCUUCAGCAUCCUGCCCUCCUGCAAUGCUUGGCACAGUGUACAGAGGUCACUCCUUAUCUGCUGGUUAUGGAAUUUUUCCCCCUGGGUGAUCUGAAGAGCUACCUUUGCAGUUGCCGGGCUGCUGAGUCUGAGACUCCCGAUGCAUUGAUCCUUCAGAAAAUGGCAUGUGAUGUUGCAUCAGGGCUUCAGCACCUCCACAAAUACAACUUUAUUCACAGUGACCUGGCCCUGCGAAACUGCCUGUUAACCCCAGAAAUGUCGGUUAAGAUUGGAGACUAUGGGCUCUCUCACAGCCGAUACAAGGAUGACUACUAUAUAACACAAGACCAAAUUUGGGUGCCCCUGCGCUGGAUUGCACCAGAGCUUAUAGAUGAGGUCCAUGGAAACCUGCUAGUCGUUGAUCAAACCAAAAGUAGUAACAUAUGGUCAUUGGGGGUGACUGUUUGGGAGCUGUUUGAGCUGGGAAACCAGCCAUACAGACACUACUCUGACAGGCAGGUGUUGACAUAUGCUGUGAAGGAGCAGCAGCUUAAACUACCCAAACCCCAGCUCCAGUUCCCCCUGGUUGACCGCUGGUAUGAGGUUAUGCAGUUCUGCUGGCUGCAGCCAGAUCUCAGACCUAGCAGUGAGGAAAUACACCUUCUGGUAACAUACUUGUGCGCCAAAGGCUCCAGUGAAGCUGAGGAAGGCUUUGAGCAACGCUGGAAUGCUUUAAGACCCAAUUUGCUUGGCAGCACUUCUCACACAGCUGCAUCCCUGGUCCUGAGCCUCACACCUGCUUCCGCCGACGUCCCCAGUGCAGACCAAACUCAGGCAGUGGAGCUGGCCUCCUCUGCGUCGUCCUCUUUCCCCCUACUGGAGCACUUCUCCGACAGCCUUCACUCUGACACAGUCGAUGACCUACUGACUGUCACAGAGACAAGCCAUGGUCUCAACUUUGAGUACAAGUGGGAGGAGGCACGAGCUGAACAACCUUACUGUUCCUCCUCCACCAGUGGGCCACUGGGCCAAGGGAACCCCUACUACCAGGACAUCUACUAUUCAAGCAAAGGAAGUUCCUCAGGGGAAUGUAGAACUAACAGCCUGACCUCAAGUGUGUCGCCAUCUUAUUAUGAACCUGAACACUCAGGUGUUGUACCAGUUUUAAGUGCCCACAGCCCCUCUGUCAGCAGUGAGUAUUACAUUCGCAUCGAGGAGCCAGUGCAGUGUAGCAUUAAGCUGGAUGAGAGCAUUGAGGACUACAGUCCAGGAUUGGAAGCAAGCAACUGUAGGUUGUCUGCUGAGAGUCAAACUAGUUCGUCCAUGGUACAGCCUGGCGCUUACUGGUCCACUGAUGACAAUGCCAAAUCAAAUGCUUAUGACUCUGAUUCAAGUCCCACUAUCCAGCUAAGCAUGCAGCCACUGCUAAGACAUCCAUCCAGCACCAGUCCUGUAAACUCUCAUAACUGCAUCUCAUCUAGUCCCAAUGACGGAAUCUACAGGGAGGGCUCAGCAGCAUGCAAGACACAUCACCAGUCCGGUUUGUCUGAACUGGAAACCUCUCCUGAGUCUCAAUCAAACCUUUUGCAUCCAGAAAGCCAGUUAGAAAACCCACGCAGUUUAUCACAAGUUGUCAGCAGCCCAAGCUUAGGGUUCUGUGAUCCUUAUCUGGAAGCAAACAUAGGUCGUAUGGUUAAUGAAAAAUGCCAUAAUAUGGUAGCCCCCAUCAGAAAGACACUACCCAUUGUUAACCACAUUGACAUUAAUGUAGAAACAGAUGAUGGGCUGUUGUUGGGCCGACAGAGAAGUGGAGAAAUUGAGAAUCGCUUAUUCUCUGAGGGAGAAGCCACUAACUGGAUUUCAAACCAUUCAGCAAACAAUAACAGCUUGAGCUUUGACAGCAGGCAGACAAGCAGUGGAAUUGGCAGCUAUCUGGAUCUUCAAACGAACACAGAAUUAUGGUCUUUAACCAAGGCCACCACAAAAACCUUCCACAGCUCUAAGCCUUGUGAAACAAUGGAAGACAGAAGAGGAGACUCUUGUCAUGGCACUGCUUGUAAAUCCAUUGAAUUAGGCUCAUAUAUUUACCUUUGCCACAAAGAAAGAGAGGUGGCUACAACUCAAAAGCAGAGGCGUGUAAAUGUCGAUAACUUGCAAAGCACUGAUUUUUUCACCAGCUCAAGGAUGUAUCCCACAGGUACAGAAGGAGAAAAAAUGGAAGCGAAACAUGAAAUGCAUUCAUUGCUAAAUAGAGAGAGGGUGUAUUCUGAGAUGAACCCUGAGGGAAGCUAUAUCAAGCCCCUGUCCUGUUUGAAAGACUCUCAGACUGAUCAAACAGGAGUUUCAGCUGGAAUAUCUGUUGGAUUGAGAGACAAAAGGCUAAACUACACAGACACAUCGGAAAGCAGCAGAGGGUUAAAUCACGAAGUUGGGGUUAGAGACUUCAGCAGUUGCCUGGUUGACCUUGGAGACUACAGUGAGGAUGAUGAUGAUAUUGCAGAUAUAACAUCAAGGAUCUUUGCUGACUUCAACCUUGACUAUGCUGAGAUAGAGGAGGAAGACCUCAGCCCAAAGAAGAAUCCAGAGGGGACUCCUGAACCUGUGGAUACGAUCACUCUGUUGUCAUCAGCAGAAGGCUCUUGUGACCAGCCAUUCAGUCCUGACCCCUUCAAUUUGCCUAUCCUGCCCAAAUCUCUGGAUAGUGGCUAUGGCACAGAGAACAAUGAAUCCCCUGAGUUUUUUUUCAAAGAGCUCGGAGAUCCUAUAAGUGGUGAUAGGAGCCCUAGGCUGGGUGGAGAGCCUGAUAUUGUUCUGCAGGUAGGUUUAGGGCAAGGGGUCUGCACUUCCAGUACCUCAGAGGUCCAUGUAAAGGGCCUGGCUGACAAGGACCCAUACAGGGACUCAGCUUAUUUCUCUGACUAUGAUGCUGAAAAUGAAAGGAGCCCCCAGGAGGAAGGCAGUAAUUUCUUUGCCGGUCCAGCUAACCAUUACUGCCCUGCUGAGAUUUUGAGCUCUAUAGGAGAUUCUGUUGAAAAGCAAUUCAACUGUGGGAAAAAUGUAACAAAUCUGAGACACAUGAAAAGUUGUGUUUCCGUGAAUCUCUCUGAGGUUGACUCUAGUUCACCCGACUCUUUUCCCAACCCUGGGUUGUCCAUGUUGUCACCAUUUCCUCCACAGAUGGGUGGCUGUCUGACCAAAGAAUCUGCACCUGCAGAAGAAGAUCUUGGGCUGGAGACAGAGCACCCAGGGGAUGAGCCCGCUUCAGAGAUCAGUUCAUCCAUUGGGUCAGAACCCUCUUCGGCUGUCCAAGAGGCCUCGGCAAACCACGAAGAGGGGAGCGGGAGGCCAGAAGACUGCUCCCCCAUACAGUCAUUGCUGUCUGGUUGCACUUUAACUGAUUACAGAGAUGAUACCCGUAAAGAAAGUGAAAAUGGUGAUGGAUCCACAGAGGAGGAGGAGCUGCCUGAGUACAGUCAUGUCAACGAAGACACAGAGGACAGAGGGGAGGGUGUGAGAAUAAAUGAGGAAGAUUUUGAGGACAUAGAUGCAGAGGAAUGCGACAGCUUUUGUGAAGAAUCUAAUGGUCCUCAUGACCUUUCCACUUCUUCGUCAUUGUUGGAGCUUUGUGGAGAAGAUGUAAGAGCUCCGCUGGAGCAGGCGGAGGAUGAAGAGGACUCAGAUGACAGUGAAUCUGAUGAAGAGCUGAGAACAUACAACAUUCAAGAGGAAGACAGUGAGGAAAGUGAGGAGGAUUUCACCACAGUGCCAGUGGUGGUAAGUGACUGCAGCCGGGCAAGACACCUCCGCAGCCUCCUGAAGAUGCCCACACUGCUCACCCAGUCCUUCUGCGAUGAGCUGGAAAGGAAGAAGAAAGCUGUGUCCUUUUUUGACGACGUUACAGUGUUUCUUUUUGACCAGGUAUGGAAAAUGGAGAGCCCCACUGGAGAACUGGCUGACUAUUCCUUCUGCGCAGGAGUAGAGACGAGUGUUCAGGAAUCUUCAGACUCAGAACUCGAACCUCAGUCCUGUGAAACUCCCUGUGUUACUAAGGGAACAGAUGGAAACAACUCGGAUGAAGGUGGGAGUUAUGAAUGGGAAGAUGACCACUCCUUUAAACCCAAUCCUUCAUCACCUCACAACAGCCCCGAGCCUCCAUCCUCACCUACUUCUAUCUCCAACAGCCCUGAGGUUCCUAAAGCUGCCCCUGUGGCACUUAAUCGUUUCAUGGUCUCACGAUUCUCUAUCACACAUGUGUUCGACCCCCACAUGGGCUCAGCAGCAGGAAACACUGAAGAUAAUCCAAAGGAUUGAGUUCCCUCUAACUGAGACCAGAGAAGGUUGGGUCCUGGUCCUCCUCUACACAGAAAAGCAGCAUUAUUACAUUUAAAUGAUUUACAGAGUUUUAUUUUUUAUCAAUGUUGGGGCAUCUCACCAAGGUGGCCCUUUAUGAGACAGUGCCUCAUAUAGUAGUGAAGUACCCUGAAUGAUUUGCACACACUUCUUUUCAUUUCACAAAGAAAGAGCAAUAGCUGUAGGGAUGGCAACCUGAUUGUAAGGACCCCAGGAGGUGAAUACAAAGUCAGUUCCUAUUUGCAGAAAUAUAAAUCUUAUAUCUGUAGUUUUAUCCAGCAGAACACACAACAAUACAACAAAAUUCUUUAACUGACCUUACAGUUCUUUUAAUAUGUAUAUUUUAAGAUAAUUAGAAGAAUAAAAGAACAAAAAAGUGAAAUGACAGGCUGCAUAGCUGCUCCUCUCAUCAGCUGCAUUUGCACAUCUGCUUCCUAUUGAUCUGGUUUUUUCUUGCAACUUAAGACUGUUACAUCUCAUUGUCAGAAGUAGAAAACAAUGCUUGAUAAUUGCUGCUUAAAAAGCUGUGAUGAAUUUCUAAACAAAAACAAAGAAACAAAAAAGACUGUUGAACCAAUCAUGGCUGGUGUUGAUGCUGUUCAAAGCUGGAGGUGCUUUAACUUUAUUUUCCCCAUGAUCCAAAUCAUUUAAAUAUUACCGAUUGUGGGUUUCUGUGGCUUCAAUGUGGUUUUUGAGUGGAAACAUAAUUAUGGAAAUCAGUGUUGCCACUAAUAAAUCACUACCACCACUCAUCUUGGUUAAUUAUGCACUUUGUGAAGCCUUGGUUGCUCCCCCCCAUUCUGGAACAGAAUAGGCAAACAUACGAGAUCCUGCUUCUGUUGAUAGUGCCAGUGACAGAUUUGUUUCACUAUAACAUAUUUGUUUAAUUAAAAAGAGAUUCAUCCAGCAACAAAAUGACAUCAGAUAAACAGAAAGGUGUUUCCACACAAUUCAGUAGCGUUAGACUAGGCAGGCCAGUCAUAAAUGAGAUUUCAGUCAUCUUUAUGUAUCUUUUCUACAAAUUAUCUCAUAUAAUUAUAUUUGUGCUGAAUACCCUAGUGAGGUGUAAGAAUAAAGUCAUCCAAAAAAAGGACAUAUCUAUUGUAUGACUUCUAUAUCUACAUGUAGCAGGUAGCUUGACUUGAAUUACUACUGCUGCAUUGCCAGCUCCCUCCCCUUCUCUGUCCAUCUGUAGUUCCAAGUGCCAAUGCCUUUCUCUCUCACCUUGCCUCUUAAGUUGUGCAAAGCAAGAAAACAUUGCCAUAUUUUUAUAUGAGCAUUUUAAAAGAUACAAUCCAGAAUGACGGUCUCUCAAAUUUGCCAAAGAGAUGUUACAAAGCCCAUUGGCUUAAGUGGCAGACAGCUAUGGAGAAGAUGAGGUGGGUUGGUCUAUGCACCAGUUGUAACACCAUUUCUGUUUCCAUUGGUCCCUCACUCAUGGCUGUUGUAUUAUCCAAACAAAUAAAUCCAAGUCCCUUU